AUGGUGACCCCAGAGGCCAGUGGCAGCGGCGGGAAUGGCGAGGGCUGCAACCCCUCCGUCACCUACUUCCGGCUGGAGGAGGUGGCGAAGCGAAACUCGGCGGAGGAGACGCGGAUGGUGAUCCACGGGCGAGUCUACCAUAUCACCCGCUUCCUCAGCAACCAUCCUGGUGGGGAAGAGGUUCUGCUGGAACAAGCUGGUGCUGAUGCAACAGAAAGCUUUGAAGAUGUUGUCCACUCCCCCGAUGCCAGGGAAAUGCUAAAGCAGUACUACAUUGGUGAUGUCCACCCCAGUGACCUUAAACCUAAAGGUAAUAACAAGGAUCCUUCAAAGAGUAGUACGUGCAAAAGUUGCUAGGCAUAUUGGAUUCUCCCCAUCUUGGGC